UUUAAGGGCUUAUUCGACCAAAUCCGGAUACUGCUCUCUCUCGUUCUCUCUCUCGAGUCUGAAGCCAAAAUGGAGAAUCCAUCAUCAUCGGAACAUGAAACUCCCCAGAUUCCCUCCGUCGCUCCUCUCACUGACGACGCUCAACGCCAGGAUUCCCAAGUUCUCGAGCACUCUGGAGCUGAGCAGAAAGCAGAUAUGUCUAAGGAAGAAGUGAAGAGCACAUUAGAAGCAGUAGCAUCUACCGGGAAGUUCUGGGAGGACUGGGAGAAACUAAAAGGAACUCUAUCGUGUUGGUUGAAGAAGGUUCUGUCGGAAUAUCCUGAGGCAAAAAUGACGGACGAACAACAGAAGGAAGCUCUAGGAGAAACAUACUCAGAGCUGGUUAGUCGAUUGGAUGAAGCCCUUCUUAGUUUUGAUGAAGGCCCUCCAUUUACAUUGCAGAGGCUCUGUGAGAUCCUUUUGGCUGCCAGGAGCAUCUACCCCAAGCUCUCUAAACUAGCUCUUGCAUUAGAAAAGAAUCUACUGGUUACUUCUAUGUUAGCCAUCAGUAAAGACCCACAAUCACAAGCCACUGAGGAUCCAAAUGCCACAACCACAGACACAAAAACAGCUGCUGCAGAUUGGGCACCAAAUGGAACUGAAGCAAUGGGAGGCGAUAAGGAUGAGAUAAUGACAGAGGUAGAAGAAGCAGAUGUUGAUGACGCAAUGACGAUUGACAUGGAACCAAUCGGUGAACCAUCAGAGACAAUGACGACCACAAGUGAGAAUGAGACGCCAAGCGAAAACACUGCUGCACAACCAUCAUCAGAUUCAAUGGCUGCAGAUGAGGGAGAUUCACGGUUGGCUUGAACAUUUGCCUAGAGAGAGUCAGAGUUUGAAGUUUGAAUACUGAUCUCGAAUAUAGUGUGCUUGUUCUACCAGACAAGACUUGCUUGCGUUAUAUUAGGCUUUAGAUUCGUGUUUUGGUGGAUUUUUUGGUUAUAAGUAAAAAAGUGAAAAGUUUGGUUUACA